AUGAAGGGUAGGUCUUAUAUUGGUGUUUUGGUUCUCAUUGUUUGUCUUAAUUCACUUUUAGUGAAAUAUCACUCAUAUUUUUCAGACGAAGAAGAUAAGAUUUAUAUUAUCUAUACGGACAAUACAAGAAACAAUGAAACAUCUCUAUUACUUCACUACAAAAGUUUGCUUCAGCAAGUUACAAAAAGACACCUGCCAAAAACAACACUUCAAUACUACAAGAAGAGUUUCAGCGGUUUUGUAGCCAAGCUUACGAAAGAAGAAGCCAACAAAAUGGCUGGACUCAAAGGAGUGGUGUCUGUUUUUCUUAAUCAAAAGAGUAACAUCCUUACCACCAAGUCAUGGGACUUUAUUGGUCUUACACAAUAUGUUGAAAGAGAGUAUUAUGAAAGUGAUGUCGUUGUCGGGGUUAUUGAUUCGGGAAUUUGGCCGGAAUCUUCUAGUUUCGAUGAUAAAGGUUUUGGUCCGCUACGUACCAAAUGGAACGACAGUUGCAUCGCUUUUAAUUUUUCUUGCAACAGAAAAAUCAUUGGAGCUAAGUAUUACUUAUCAACUUCAAAUGAACCGUUGAGCCAAGCAGAUUUUGAAUCUCCAAGAGAUUCAAAGGGACAUGGAACUCAUACAGCAUCAACUGCUGCAGCUGGGAACCCAGUUACCAUAGCAAGCAUGCUAGGACUUGCACAAGGAACAACAAGACUGUUUUGGAAGUUAAACAACACCUUAGAUGUAAGACUGGUGAAGGGUAAAAUUGUUUUAUGUGAAGGAAAGGAAGGAGUUGAAGAAGCCUUCAGAGUGGGUGCUAUUGGUAUCUUGAUGUAUGGUCCCACUUUACCAGAAAAGCCACUGUCUUAUCCCUUACCUCCAUGCUUUCUUCAAACCAAAGAUGUAACCGGUAUAUUUAAAUACAUUAGUUCCACAAGUAAUCCAGUUGCCACAAUAUUGAAGACCUAUGAGUUAAACGAUAAGUUGGCACCUGUGGUUGCCUCUUUCUCAUCUAGGGGUCCAAACACUGCUAUAUCUGAGAUAUUGAAGCCCGAUUUAACUGCUCACGGCAUAAAUAUUUUAGUUAGUUGGCCUUCAAAUCUUCCUAUCUUGGAUAUUCUUGGCGAGACUAGAAAAUCGGAGUUUAAUAUUAAAUCAGGAACAUCAAUGUCUUGUCCGCAUGAAUCUGGGGCAGCAGCAUACGUCAAGUCAUUUCACCUUACAUGGUCCCCUGCUGCUAUCCUCUCGGCUUUAAUGACAACUGCUAAAAAGAUGAGUCUUGACAAUAAUAGAGACGCGGAAUUUGGUUAUGGAGCCGGGGAAGUUGAUCCAGAUAAAGCUUUGCAUCCUGGUUUAGUAUAUGAUGCUGAUGGGUUCCUUACAACCGCUGCUCUACAAUUAAUCACGAGAGAUAAUAGCAGUUGCUCGGAAAUAACACAUGCAUUAGCAAGAGAUUUGAACUAUCCAUCCUUUGCUUUAAAAGCCUCACAUUCUAAACAACAUGUCAGUGGAAGAUUUCAUAGAACUGUCACCAAUGUUGGAACACCAUUCUCUACGUAUAGAGCAAUUGUGACACCUCCAAAAGGAUUACAUAUUUAUGUGAUACCUAUUGUUUUGUCAUUCACUUCACUAGGAGAAAACCAUACAUAUGUUGUCAUUGUUGAUGGAGUUUUGAACAAAUCAAUGGAAUCAGCUUCUCUGACUUGGGAUGAUGGAUAUUUCAAAGUAAAGGCUCACACUGUUUUUGAAUCAGGUUUCUCUGUAACGAGACAACAAAUCAGAAGCUUUCUGGCAUGA